AUGGUCAAGGUCUUUCGCCUAUUUGCUCUUGCCUUCUUUGCAACGCCCGACAGCGACACUCUUAUGGCUACAGCUGAGUUGGUUGCAACGAAGAUGACCCCAGACCAAGACUCAGGGGCUCGUUUUGAAAUUCGGGAGAGUAAGGGGCUUUACGCGAAGAACGUGUCGGAAGACGACAACCGUGAAGAGAGAAUGGCUGAGGUACCUCCGACGACGCUACAACUCGCCAAAUCUGCGUUCAAGCUCAUGUUUGAAUCUGGCUUGAUCCAGGAUCAACAGCUGGUCAAAAAAGCGGUGGUUGCCAUGGAAAGGAACAAGAAGGCCUUUACAGGUUCAACUCUUGAACUCCCAAAUAGCCUUGCGUUCAUCCUUUCCCCGAGUGAUGACAUCAAGCUCGCUGUCGAACUAAUUGACGCUCAGAAGUCGACGCAGGACUUCACGUCCGCCACAGUGACCCCUUUGAACUUCAUCAAAGCCCUUACUUAUAAGGCAUUCUACGGGGAUCCUGAAAUAGAAGGAAAGGCCGUGAAAAUGGCGGAAACGUAUAUUAACGGGUACAGCAGACAAAACUUAGCCGAGCUGAGCGAAAGUAUACAUGCGUUGAAGGUUCUGCGUUGGACUGUAGAAUCUCGCUCGGCCAAGUUACGUGUAGCAACACCACCAUAA